UCAGGAAGUAGUUGAAUUGCAAUCGCUUAUACUGACAAAUGGACAACAUGUUACUUUUCAUAGUUUUGUGUACUACAUUUGUGCAUCCAUAUAGAACUGUGCUUGCAAAAUGCCAUUUCACAGGAAAGGUUGGUUACAUUGAGGCUUUGUGCAAACACCAAGGAUUUACAUCAGUUCCGAAGAAAUUACCAAGUGACAUAAAGAAACUGGAUUUAAGUUACAAUCGACUGACCAGACUUGAUGCCGACGAAUUUUAUAGAUAUAAGUAUUUAGAAGAGCUAAUAAUUGAUAAUAACGUCAUCAGAAUGUUGCAUUCUAAUGCUUUUAAUGGCUUAUCAUUAUUGAGACAUUUGUCUUUGUCUAAAAAUAAUCUGGAUGUAUCUAAAUCGUAUCACCAUAAAGUGUUUGAGUCUCUACAGAAUUUAUCAGUUUUAGACAUAAGUAAAAAUAUGAAACGUUUAAAUAACAGCCCGUAUAAAGUUCCCGUUAGUAAACUCCGUACAUUGCGUGAGCUGAGCAUCGAUCUUGUUUAUAAUGCAACGUUCGGACGGCAGUUCAAGAAGUUGUACAAUUUACAAAUAUUGAGAUUUGAUUAUUGCCAUGUUAGUUAUUUAUACAAUGAAACAUUCAUAGGAAUGCCGGUAAAUAUAAAGGAAUUCCACAUGACCACUUGUAAAAACUUUGUCGUCAUUGAAGGUGGCGUCUUAGUUCCAUUUCAACAUCUAAAAGUGUUGAAUCUUACUAGCAGCAAUAUUCACUUAACACAGGCUCUGAAUAUUUUACAUCCAUUUCAGAAUAAAUCAAUGGACGCACUUCUCUUUCGUGGAAUAACUUUUGCUGAUUAUAAACAUGGCUUAGACGCAGUAAUUCUUACACCAGAGAUGAUGAAAUAUAUAAGAAAUAUCUGUAUAAAAACACUUGAUCUAUCUGACAAUGACAUUAUACUAGUAAAAAACAGGUCGUUAGUUAUGUUCAAACAUCGAGAGUGCUUUGAAAACAUUAUGUUAUCUGCAAAUAGUUUUAGUUUGGAUAACUGGGCAGUUGAUUUAUUCAUAUUCUUAUUCACGUUGACGAACAUUAAAAUGAUUGAUUAUUCAUAUUUUCCAUUACGGUUUGAAAAUCCAGUUUUCCUUGACGUAAUAAAAAGAAAUAAUCAUACAACAAUGGAACAUGUGCAGGGCAAAUGGAGGCGAAAGGUCAUACCAAUAACAGUAAUCCUUCCAAGUCAAAUUCAGUUUGUGAGAAUAACGCAUGUUAUGGCUAUAAAUGCAUUUAGGGAAAUAAAAACAAUAAAUAGCUCCCUUCGUCACCUCGAAAUAUCUUACUUUGAAACACAUAUCUUUCCACUUUUAACUGUUGAUGGAUUCAAUAGUUUAGAGCAUUUAGAUUUGUCAGGAAUCAGAUCAGUUUUAACUAUUGGAGAAAGCAAAAUUCCAGUUUUAAUCCAUCUUACAACACUUAUCUUGAAAGAAACACACUUGUAUGAUAUUUUACAAACUAAUACAACAAUAUUAAGGUUUUGUCCAAAUAUAAUAAAUUUGGAUAUAUCAUAUAAUUAUAUCUGGAAGAUCAAAGCAAAUUCACUUGGACAAUUACUUAAUUUGAAACAGCUCAAUGUCUCUCAUAAUUUGUUUGAGACAGUUCCGGAUGUCGUUACAACAUUUAGUAACUUGAUCGAACUCGAUUUGUCAUACAAUCAAUUAACAACAAUUGGAAAGAAUAUACUAGAGUGGAUUGAUACCCAGAAUAAAAAACAUGGAACUUUUUACUUAUAUCUAAGUAAUAACCCUUUAAUUUGUUCGUGUGACACCACUCCAUUUCUACGUUGGAUUUUGACAUAUAAAGUAAAGUUAGAUUAUAAUGGUAAUUACUCCUGUUGGGUUUCUUCAAGAAAAGGUAUCAACUACACAAGAAAUGUUGCUCAAAACUUUCAUCAUUAUUUCGUUGACUGUAAUACAACUGUGUGGAUCAAGUUAGGCAUGUCAUUAUUGGUGUCCGUUUUAUCUAGUGUACUUUGUAUUGCUCUAUUGUACAAUUUUAGAUGGAGAAUAGUUUUCUUUUUCUUUCGAAAUUUUCGGAGAUUUGCUGAGAAAGGUCUCGAGUUAACUUUUGAUUAUGACGUUUAUGUUUCAUAUUCCGAUGACUGCGUUUCUUUCGUGAAAGAAUUACAAGAGAAAGUAGAGAACGAAUGGGGAUUCAAAAUCUGCUUUGAAGAUAGAGAUUUCAUUAUAGGCGAAUCAAUUGCUAGUGAAAGAGCUACGUCUAUUAACAGUUGUAGACACAUUAUAUUUUUAGUAACUCCGUCAAUUGUUAAAAAUGAAUGGACUCGAUUUGAAAUUGAGCGAGCAAAGUAUGAAAAGUUUACAAAAAAUCUUCAAAAGAUUGUUGUUAUUACAAGAGAUAUCCCUUUAGAUGAUAUUCCAAUGGAAUUUUCCGCUAUUUGGAAAGAUGUAUUUUUAAUCCAAUGGCCGACCGAGAAGGUCUAUGUUCAAAUGGCUUGGCAAAAGCUUAGACUUUGGUUCUUUUGA